GGGAGAACAAACACUCAGUCUCAGGGAUGGCACUCCUCAAGUCAAGAUAUUUUUUUUUGCUGCUGGUGAUCUCAGUUUUAAUUUUACUUUUUCUUUUAUCAUGGGGAGAUUACGCAAGAAGUAUCAGCUUGAGGACUUUCUUCAUAGAGGGACAAGGAAAUGAGGAAACGUAUGACCUCCAGGAUGAAAUGGGAGACCUGACUCCACCACCUGUUGUGUUUACACAUGCUGCUGUGGCUGAGACUCCCAUGCCUAUCCUCUACAGAAGUUCCUUCAAGAAGGCUCCUCAGUGGGAUUUUGAUGAUGUUUAUAACCAGGAUGCGCCACCCAGACCCUGGACAUGUGCUGAGUCUCUGCGAAACUCUGAGGACGAGAGCUUCAAAAAGGCUUUCCUUCCCAACAUACGUGUGUUUCUGCACAAGGACAACAUCAACAUGAGCGAGUGGAACCGGCUUUCACAUUUUAACAAUCCCUUUGGGUUUAUGCAGUUUCCCUAUGACGAGGUGAUGAGUGUUGUGAAGUUGAUCCCAAAGCCAAAAGAGCCACUGCUCCUUCCAAAGCCAGGCAGCGGCGGGUGUGUGCGCUGUGCUGUGGUGGGCACUGGGGGGAUCCUCAACGGCUCCAAGAUGGGGAAAGAGAUCGAUGCUCACGACUAUGUUUUCCGGGUGAACGGUGCAGUCACCGAAGGUUACGAGGAGGACGUAGGAAACAGAACUUCUGUGUAUGUUCACACAGCACACUCCAUCAGAUCUUCGCCAAUAAUAUUCAGGAAGUUCGGAUACAAAGCUGCCCCUCAUGAUGAGGGUAUAAAAUACGUGAUGAUACCUGAGGCGAUGAGGGAUUACAAUUGGCUCGGUGGUCUUCUGAGAAGAGAAAUUAAUGCUAAUAGCUCAUAUAAAAACAAGAGGCCAAGGACAUACUACUCUGGGCAGUACAACGAGUCCCGCUUCUAUGUUCUGCACCAGGAUUUCCUCAGAUACAUCAAAAACAGGUUCUUAAAGUCUCGUCAUCUGAAUAGUUCACACUGGGCAAUAGUCAGACCAACCAAUGGGGCAUUCACUGUCUUCCUGGCUCUGCAAACCUGUGACACUGUGAGUGCAUAUGGAUUCAUGACUGAGGACUACAAGAAAUACAAUAACUACUACUUUCAGAAAAAUAUUAAAACUCGUGUCGUUUUCUACGCCAAUCACGACUAUAUCCUGGAGAUGAAGACGUGGAAAAAACUACAUGACAGCAAAAUAUUGAGGCUCUAUCAAGGACCGGACUCAGAAAAAGGGACAGAAAAGCCGAUAACAACUGAUACUGUACUGUAACACUGAUACUGAUACACUGAGGAUGGCAUCAAGAAUCUAGAUCAGUUUACCCAAACCAUGUGAGACAGUAUGUGACUGACGAUUCUACACCUUAGGAAGACUUUCCUAUAUAUUCUAAUAUUCAUUUGACUCUCACUGAUAUAAAUGUGGUGGACAAAAUACAUCUAACACCUCUCUGUAGACAAAGUGUAACAGCACUGGAAACUGAACCGUGAUGUUAAUAUUAAUAUUAGUAGUUGUUUGUAAUUAGUUUUAAUAUUAAGUAGAAACAGAAAACUUUACAACUGUUAUCACUUAAAAUUGAUUGACUAGAGCUGGAAAACAGUAUAACAGUUAAAUGUAUCAGUGUAUUAUUAAAAUAUCCAAUGUUAUUAUCUAUGAAAUUAAGGAGCUGGACAAUUAGGUUUCAUUUGGCCAUGGUAUGUUGCACUGUAAUAAAAUAUGGUGCAGGCCGACUGAUAAAAUAAGAAGAAAAAAAAAAAGAUAUGUAUAUCUAUAUGUUCAGAACUGAGGGGGUCUUGGGGUCCCACUGGCAAAUGGGAACCUUGAGGAGGCCAUAAGGCAAUCAUCCAUCCAUCCAUCCAUUUUCUUCCGCUUAUCUGGGGCUGGGUUGCGGGGGCAGCAGGUCAAGCAAAGCACCCCAGACGUCCCUCUCCCCAGCAACGCUUUCCAGCUCCUCCUGGGGGACCCCAAGGUGUUCCCAGGCCAGAUGAGAUAUAAUCCCUCCAGCGUGUUCUGGGUCUACCCCGGGGCCUCCUACCAGUGGGACAUGCCUGAAACACCUCCAGUGGAUGGCACCUAGGAGGCAUCCUGGUUAUAUGCCUAAACCACCUCAACUGACCCCUUUUGACGUGAAGGAGCAGCGGCUCUACAGUGGUGUUAGAUGUACCUAUCCAGAGCGACAGCAACAUCAGGAAGAAGGAACACAAGAAGCUGGAAAAAUACCAAGAGCUGAAAGAGGAGCGAGAAAAGAUUUGGGGAGUGAAGGCAACAAUGGUGCCGUUGUUAAUCGGAGAAGAGUGGCUCCAGCUGAUUCCACGUAUAACAUCUGAGGUCUGAGACUAUUGUUUUUUUUUCUGCAACUUGUUGGUUGAGGCAUUCAAGGGUGGUGGUAUUUCUAGUUUUGGGUUAGGGUUAAGGUUAGGGUUAACAAUGACUUUUACUUCAAGGCAGUUCGCUUCAACAGCAUUUGAUCACUGGUCACAGAUCGUCUUUGAAUCAAUUUAACUUUUAUUGAUCUCCUGCCUCCAGGCACCAUCACUGAUAUCAUCAUACACAAACAGAAAGAAGCAAAAAUAUGUCCUUCAUAGGAUGGUUUCAUGUUGUCGUGUUUUUCAUUUUAAUAGAAUGCAGUUGGUGUUGAUCUGUUGGUUUAUGGUCUGUUUCAAGCUCAAGAGACAGCACAUCCCGUGGUUAUCACAAUAACCUUGUAUGACACUGGGUAAUCUGACGAAGACCCUGUAAACAACACUUGUACUGCGUUUAAUGUUUGUGAAAUAAAUUUGUCAGUCCUGCCUUUUAAUUCAAAAGUGAAA